AAUCCGAAAUCCCGCGCAGGCUUCCGUUCUCGCGAUCUCCGAGGUCGCAUACAUAUUACCCACAAUUCCCUCUCCUUUCUUUCUCCGCCAACCGUUCAAGAUGCCGAAGGGAAAGAAGGCCAAGGGCAAGAAGGUGGCCCCGGCCCCUGCUGUGGUGAAGAAGCAGGAGGCCAAGAAGGUGGUCAACCCCUUGUUCGAGAAAAGGCCCAAGAAUUUUGGCAUUGGACAGGACAUCCAGCCCAAAAGGGACCUCACCCGCUUUGUCAAAUGGCCCCGCUACAUCCGCCUGCAGCGGCAAAGGGCUAUCCUCUAUAAGCGGCUGAAAGUGCCGCCCGCGAUUAACCAGUUCACCCAGGCCUUGGACCGCCAAACAGCUACUCAACUGCUUAAGCUGGCCCACAAGUACAGACCAGAGACAAAGCAAGAGAAGAAGCAGAGGUUGCUGGCCCGAGCUGAGAAGAAAGCUGCAGGCAAAGGGGAUAUCCCCACCAAGAGGCCACCCGUCCUCCGAGCAGGGGUUAAUACUGUCACCACCUUGGUGGAGAACAAGAAGGCUCAGCUGGUGGUCAUCGCACAUGACGUGGAUCCCAUCGAGCUGGUGGUCUUCCUGCCUGCCCUGUGCCGUAAGAUGGGGGUCCCCUACUGCAUCAUCAAGGGCAAGGCCAGGCUGGGGCGUCUGGUCCACAGGAAGACCUGCACCACCGUGGCCUUCACACAAGUCAACUCGGAAGACAAAGGUGCUCUGGCUAAGCUGGUGGAAGCCAUCAGGACCAAUUACAACGACAGAUAUGAUGAGAUCCGCCGUCACUGGGGAGGCAACGUCCUGGGUCCCAAAUCAGUGGCUCGCAUCGCCAAGCUGGAAAAGGCAAAGGCCAAAGAACUGGCCACCAAACUGGGCUAAGUUGUACACUAUUGAUUUUUCUGUACAUAAAAAUAAUAAUAAUUAAAAAAAAAACCUCCUCUUCA